AUGGCGGCGGAAAGCCUGAUGGUGCUGUACGGGGACGACUCGGUGGAGGUGCACUACACGGAGGGGUCGCGCUUGCUGCUGUCUGCUUGCGGCCGCGAGUAGCUGUACGAAGCGGCUCGCCCCACCACCGCCCACCCCCUCCAGCCGCCAGAGGCCGCCCGCCAGCGGGUGGCCUUCGUCGUCUGCGCCCGCCGGGAACAACUUCUACGUGCUCUAGAUUUCCGGAACAAGUUUUCUUCUCGCCCGUAUUUACCUUCACGUGUUAUACCUGUAGGAAGAAAAAAGAUUCUUUUUAGUGAUAUCUUAGAAUUUAGAUGGCCUGACCCUGCUACAGCUGAUCUAACAAGAUAUAUCGACAAUGACAGUGUGCAAAUCUCGUCAUUAGAUGGUUAUACUCACCUUUACCUGUCAGUAUUGCAGCAGGAAUUUACACUGGAGUUCUUAUGCAGAGUCAGCCAGUCAUCUGCAGCAUCCUUAUGCUCCUCACAAGAGACUAGCAACUAUCAAGCCAGAGAUCCGUAUGAAAAGCCAAGUAAAAAUUCUGUUGAAGAAAUUUCAUCAAAACAUAUGAUAACAGAGAACAAGAAAAAUAAACGUGGUUGUGAUGAAGGUAAAUACAAAGAACCAACCAAACCAAAGGACCAAAGAGAGAGAGAUGGAGUCCCUUUAUUCUGCACAAAUUGUUCUUCUGAAUAUGCCUGGGUUACACAGUGUUGGUCAGUUUCCUCCUAUCCAGAAGAAUGGAAAUACCCUUUGUCUUUGGCACUAAUGUGCUGUAACUUACAUACUGUUAAGAAUGUAAUGAAGACAUCUGAGAAUAAGACUACAUCUGUAGAAGCUGAUGCUUUAAUAGACCUCCAAACACAUGAAACAGUUUCUCGUUUACCUACAGCUUUACCACUCAACUGCAGAGCCCCACAUUUACACAGGUGGACUUUCUGUGACUUCUUUCAGAAUCAAGAUACUGAAAAGCGUUCAUGCCCUCAGCUAAUUCAAAUUGUAUGAUGCCAGGGUGUUUUUUACAGAUUUAUCCAUGGUAGGACAAACGUCACAGAAAUUUAUCCUGGCGAUAGCUCAUUUUUCAAAUCGGAGGAAGCAUUAUUGGGAAACUAUUUCAUACAUUAUGCAGUCCAAAAAGGAUCAAAAAAGAGAGAAGAAAAAAUGUAUUCAGUAAAAAGCCUACCUCCUGAUAUACCAGGAAAUCCAUACUCUAUAUCCUCCAUCAUUACUCAGGCAAACAAAAUACUUCAAUACUGCUACAAGAUUAAACUUUCGUUAACUCAUAACUAUUCCCUCUGCUGCUGGAAAAUGAUAACUGAGACAGGUGGACGAGAGAUGUUGCCAGUUUUGCUGUACGAAAAAGUUAUUCCCCACACGGGAAGACUUGUUAUGUACUCGGAUCAUAAAGCCCAUACUGUUUUUUGGGAUGGGAUGACCCUGAAUAUGAUCUGGGAUUUCAGCUUUUCCUGUAGUAAGAUCCAGGUAAAUGAUGUAGGCUGGUGUAAGUUAACUACUCCUGAUGGGGUACAGCAGCUAAAACAAAUAAGUCAUCCUGGAAUCUAUGAAAGAUAUAUCAGAACAGCAAUAGAAUGGUGCGAAAGUUUGAAUGAAAGGAAGGAGAUUCCUGGAUAUACUGCAUACUCUGGAAAUGAAGGAAAUUGGUCUGCUGAUGCUGAGCUCGAAAAAAUGCAGAGAUUUAAUUUAACACUAAUUUUAUUGGAUAAUAGCAAUAUUCUGGAAAGGACAUAUAGUGCAAAACCCAGUCUGUCUGGUAUUACUGUCAGAAAAACAGAAAGAAAGAGUGAGACGGAAGAAAUCAGUGGAGGAUGUGAGGCUUUGGAAAAAACUUCUAAAGUAAUUCAGGAUAUCGAGUCUCUGCUUGCAGCUUCAGUAAAGUGA